AAAAGCCAGAGAGCGGGAAGCUUCGAGAUCCAAAUAUGGCGAACGAAUCGCAAGCUCAGUCGGAAUCUCAUCCUCAGGUAUUCGGAGUACCAUGGCCGGAUCUAAACGACGGCAUAUGCUACACCGACGUUGUUCCGGCCACCGUUCCCGCAGAGUUGACACUGAUUGAGUUCUACUCUAGAAAAUAUAAGAAUUCAGCUCCUUUACAGGGAUGGUUACAGCGGAUCCAAAAUGGACAGAUUAAAGUUGGUGGUAGAGUCCUAAAAGAUCCCGAUACAAUUAUCAGCUCUGGCUCGGAACUGGUUUAUCAUAGGGUUCCUUGGAAGGAGCCAGAUGCGCCUUACAUGCUUCAAGUUUUGUAUGAGGAUGAUGAUAUGGUUGCUUUGAAUAAGCCUUCUGGACUGCAAGUUUUGCCUGGCGGCCUUUUCCAGCAACGAACAGUUUUGACACAACUCCAGUGGUGGGGAAGUAAGCAGAGUUCUUCCUUAACAGGCCAGGAAUCACAUCCUGUUCCAGUUCAUCGCUUGGGAAGGGGCACAUCAGGAAUAUUACUUUGCGCAAAGACAAAGCAAGCCAAAACUCAUCUCGCAGAAUAUUUUGCUGAUGGGACAUCUCUCAUUGGGAACAGAAGUAGCAAAUUGGAACUUGGGUCAAGGAAGAUUAUAAAGAUAUACCGCGCACUGGUAACUGGGAUACUUGCUGAGGAUAAGGUUAUUAUUAAUCAACCUAUUGGAGUUAUGCGGUAUCCUGGGGUGGCAAAAGGACUGUAUGUUGCAUUACCUUCAGGAAAACCUGCUUUGAGUAAGGUCGAGGUCCUUGAGAGGGAUGUGCUAGCAAACCAAACAUUGGUCCAGGUUGAGAUUCAGUCAGGGCGCCCUCACCAAAUACGCAUUCAUCUUUCUUUCAUAGGCCAUCCUUUGUUCGGUGAUCCUCUAUAUAUUGCCGGGGGCCAACCAAGGAGCUUUGAUUCUGAACUCGUGGAUGAAAGUUUUGAACAAGAUGGAGGAUAUCAAAGGCCCAUCAAUCCCGUUCCUGGAGAUUGUGGUUACUACUUGCAUGCCCAUCAACUUGUCCUCCCUCAUCUAGUCACGAAUGAGAUGAUUAAAAUCACCGCACCUCUUCCACCUGUCCUUAAAACAAAGGACGAGGCCAAGGGAGAAGCAUGCGAUUGAGGAGGAAUUGCAUUAGGUAAAGCAAAUAGAUUCAGCUCCUGGAACAAAGGCAGAAGCUUUGCAUAAGCUACAAAUAUCCAUGUCCUAGCAUGUUAAUCCUCCAGGUAUCCAUCUCUCUCUUCAUGUUCCAUAGUCGUAUUUGUCCAAUAUAGGCCCCCAAUGUCCGCGCAAACAUUAUCGCAUGCACAAGACCUCUUAUGUCUAUUUUAUUAUUUUAUUUUUGUCAAUUUAGCCUACAGUCUUACAUUUUAAA